AUGCCCCGUAAAGUGCCAGCUGAAGAGUUACCCUCACUUGAGAGAUUGAUAGGUAUCCGUGCAAGGCUCUCGGCUGUCAAACGCAACCGUUCCAGCUAUCUUAAAAUGGAAGACAUUAUGCCUCUACGCCUCGAAGCUGAAGCAGAAAUGAAGAUCUUGAGUGACAUGCGUGGUGGUAGACUCUUGGAUAAGGAACGUGAACUGAAUCGAACUGACGAUGUAUUGGAUGAAGUGCUGCAAAUGCUUAGUUUGUGCUUUUUAUCCUUGGGAAAAAAGAGAGAAAGCCCUGCUGUGUAUUCUCAAGUUGUAGCUAUCAAGCAUAUUUUCGAUCGUCUGGAAGAAUUUGGUGUCUAUGAAGAGGAAUACCUAAAACCAUACAAGACAAAACUGGAUGAAAUCAACAAAAUUUUAUAUGUGGACAACAAAAGCCAUGCCUUGCCUGAUUCUGUCAUGCAAGUCUUAAAGUACAAAUACAUGCAGUGCAGCCACAUAUACGAUAGUCUGAUCGCUACAAUUCACGAAGUGGCACCUGAACUUAUCCCAAUUAGAGACAGAAUGCUGCGUAUCAGACGCCAUCUCGCCUCUGUGUGCUGUCGCAGUGACUAUCUACCUAGUGAUAUCAAGCCAUUGCAAGAAAAGAUCCGUGCCAUUGAUAACAUGCGAGUGAAUGGUAAAUUUAUGGGACAGGAUGGAGUGAGCAUACCUGCAGGUCAAGCUGUGCUAGUCAAUCUUUUGGAGCAGCUCUUUUUCUGGUCUCACGAUCUCAUCAUUGCCUGUAGCGAAGAUUUCUCACCUAAUCUUCAAAGCAUUCGCGAGCGUUUACUCGAGAUCAAGAAUCAAUUGGAGCGUUUGGAGUUAACACAUAAAUGGACAUUACGCCAAACCGACCUAUUCACCUACCAACAUCAGCUUCAUGAUAUUGUCAAGAUGAAAUACAGCGACGAUAAUGAGGAAGAGGCAGGAGAUCCCGCUUUGCUAGGUAAAUUCUUGGACGAGGAUGGCAAAACUGCUCCUGAGGGCCAAACCAUCCUUGAAUUCUUGCUCAACAAGUGCUAUCGAAUGAUCUUUGUCCUCUUGAGCGAAAGUAUUCCUGUUUCAGAAGCAUUAACCCCUGUAUACAACCAACUGACCACUGUGCGUCAAUGUUUGCUGGCUGUGAAGAAGACUGGUGCUCCCUGUUCGGCUGAGGAACUUUACCCUUAUCAAAUGAAACUUACCAGCAUUGAGAAUUUGCGUAAGGAUGGUAAAUUUUACGAUGAUAGGGGUCAUAUUCCAGAAGGUCAAGCGUUAUGUGUAGAUGUCUUGGAGGAAUGCUAUCUUCUUUUAGCAUCUUUGCGUGAAUCAUCAGAAGCGGAAGAAGGAGUAGCCACUGAGCAAGCUGUUUCUUCAGCGAAUUGA